CUGUCGGCGGUUGGCGGUUGCCGAGGGCGGAGCGCGCUCACGCUGGACGGGCGUCGAGAAAAUACCGGCGCCUGGAGCGGCCCCGCGGACAGGACAGCGCGGAGACUCCCACCGAGUGUCAUUGUGUGCAACAUCAGUACAAUUAAUGCUUCCUGACACUCUGUUUAUACAACACAUUUGAUGGAUGAAAGAUAACCGAAGGCGUGGACAAAGAGACGGAUCUUGAAGGAGAGGUGGAGGAAAGCUGAACAGGGCAGAGAACGGAUGUGGAAAUUAAACGGCAGUUGAGAGUUGAAGGUUCCACACUGGCGCUGUGAGGUGGAGGCUGCAUUCGUGUAGAUUGAUGUUAUUGGUUCCUGAGUGAACAAAGAUGGCGACAGGAGGCGCUCCCUUGUUUGAAGAAGGCAUUGAAGGGCAAGACUUGCCCAACCGUACUGUGAACAGUGGAAGUCUCGAUGAUCGACUUAAUAACAGGGAUUGGGGUCUUCAGUAUAAGAAAGCGAAUCGAUCAUCUGAGAAGAACAAGAAAAAGCUAAGUGCAGGCAGUGAAAGCCGACUUACAAAUGAUAUCUCUCCUGAAUCCUCUCCCGGGGUUGGGCGCCGUAGGACAAAAACUCCAAAGACUUAUCCACCCACAAAGCAUCCAUCUCAGUUUUCUGUUCCGGACUCUGCAGAGUUUGAGAGGCUCAAGCAGCGAAUAAACUUCAGUGAUUUAGAUGAGCGGAGCAUUGGGAGUGAUUCUCAUGGUCGAGCGACUGCUGCUAACAACCAACGUCCACCUGUUGAAAAUAGGAAGCCAUUCAACUUUCUCCAACAGCAGAUUAACAGCAAUAAAAGCAAAGCACCCAUGUUAAGUCCACGAAGCAGAGAAACGAGAACUACUGCUCAAAGACUGGAUUUGUUUGUUUCUGUAACCAAGGAUUCAUUGCAAAUUGAUCAGCUCUCGCUUGCAGAUGAAAGAGGAGAACCUGCUAUAGAGAGCAGUCAGAUUGUAAGCAGACUUAUUCAGAUUCGUGAUUAUAUCUGCAAAGCUCGUUCCAUGCGAGAUGAUCUUAUGGAGAAAAAUGAAAGAUCUGCUAAUGUGGAGCGUCUGUCUCAGCUGAUAGAACAUCUAAAAGAACAGGAAAAGUCUUACAUGAAAUUUUUGCAGAAGAUGCUGGCGAGAGAGAAUGAAGAAGAUGAAGUCGGCACAACAGAUUCAGCUGUUGGUUCUGGAUCUGUGGCUGAUAGCACAUCUCUGAAUAUAGAUGUACAAUCUGAAGCAUCAGAUGCCACGGAGGCAUCUCAUAGUCUGAGAGUUCGGCCCCGCAUUGAGGACAAUCUAGGAAAUACAGCCUCACAAGCACAGGGUUCUUCAGUUACUUCAACUCCAAAAAGGGAAACUGACAGGCUUGGUCUGAAUGACAGGCGAUUCUGGCAUAAUAGGAUUAAUGGCCAAGAGCAUGGAAUUUCCUCCAAGACAGAUGAUCAGCGUCAUGAUGCAAAAGAAGAGUUGGAGAACUUGAAAAAGCAACAUGAACUUCUGAAAAGAAUGUUGCAACAACAAGAGCAACUAAGGGCACUUCAGGGCAGACAGGCAGCACUUCUGGCACUGCAAAACAAAGCCGAGCAGACCAUAGCUGGAAUGGAUGAGUCUGUUGUAACUGAAACAACUGGAAGUGUUUCAGGACUAAGUAUAACUUCAGAACUCAAUGAAGAGUUGAAUGAUUUGAUCCAACGGUUUCACAAUCAGCUUCGCAACUCACAGUCGCAGCCCGUCCCUGACAACAGGAGACGAGCGGAAUCUCUGUCUUUGACGCAAGAAGUUUCCAGGAGCAGAGAUUCCUUAACUUCAGAACAUUUGUCUGAAGAAAAAGCCCAACUGGUCAAUAAGCUGAAAGUUUUGCAAGAGAAAAAAGAAAGAAUGGAUAAACUACUGGAUGAGUUGCAUACACUAAGAGACCAGCAUCUUAACAAUUCCAUUCCAUCAAGUGGCCCUGUUGCAUCUGGCUCAUCUCAGAGAAGCAUCGAUCAAAGCACAGCUGCAGCACCAACUGGAACAGUUGCUUUAAUCAAUAGAGAACCCAACAGCAUGGCCUCUUCAGUCUGUGUUUUGGAUUCCAUAGCCUCACAUCAUGAGAGUGACGAGGAGGAAAAUCCUAACCCCAGGGAGAAACUGAAGAAAUUGAAAGAAGUUCACAAACGGCUAAAUGAGUUGCGUGAAUUGGUUGAUUACUACCAGCAGACUUCAGAUAUGAUGACUGAUGCUGUUAAUGAAAACACAAAAGAGGAUGAAGAUGAUGAGACUGAGGAAGAAUCUAUGUACUACUCCGAUCAGGAAAAUCCAGAAACUGUUACGAACAUCAGAAACCCACAAAGAUGUGAUAACUGGUCUGAAACCAAUACUGCUUCCAGGUUGCCAGCAGUUCACGGAACCAAUAACCAUGAUGAUCGAUUCCUGAACACCGACUGUGAAAUCAACAAUAGGCCAAUAAAUGUACGGAGCCUGAAUGUCCCACCUGCAUCAGAUUCUCACUAUAAUGAUAGUGAAAAAGAUGAUGACGACGAUGAAGAAGAAGAAGAUAGAGAUGUUAAUGAAGCACAAGAAGAGAUUCAAGGGGAACUUGCAAGUGAGGGAACUGUAUCAAGUCGGCGAAGUAGUUAUGUUGAAGAAAAUGGACAGGAUCUUGAAAUUCAACAGAAAAUAAACAGACUAAAUGCUGCUAAGCAGAAGCUGAGGCAAUUGCAGGAACUUGUUGCUAUGGUACAGGAAGCUCCAGAUGCUACUGGUGUUAAUAUCCCUAAUGUAUCUGGGCUUUCCUUAACUGGCGAAGAUCAGAAUAGUCAGCAACCAAACAACGCUAGAACAAAUUCAUCUAGAAGUCCAAAAGAAGUGACACUGGAUGAAAAAGAUAGAGAGAAAUUCUAUGAAGCUAAACUUCAACAACAGCAGAAAGAACUGAAGCAGUUGCAAGAAGAAAGAAAACGGUUGAUGGAGAUUCAAGAGAAGAUUCAACAACUGCAGAGAUCAUGUCCUGACCUACAGUUAUCAACAUCGAGUAUAGGAAACCUGUCGAAAAUAAAAGUGCCGGUGGUUACGUCUACUCCUGCAGCCAAUGGACAAGGUGCAACAGCAAAGGCUUUGCCUGAUCCAAUUGCUGCACCGCCUCCUGACAAUGAGCUGUGGUCUGAGAUGCGCCGACACCAAAUCCUUCGUGAAGAGUUGCGCCAAAGAAGAAAGCAACUUGAAGCCUUGAUGGCUGAGCAUCAACGUCAAAAAACACUGACUGAAACCACUUCCAUCACUGCCGCAUCUAUAAAAAGUGAUGGGGCGGAAACACAGGGAACUCAGCAACUCAGCAGGACUGAAAGGACCACAGCUACUUGGGGCGGUUCAACUCAAGGUGCACUGGAUGAUGAUGAUGAUGAAGAGGAAGAAAACAUUGGUGGUGGUGGUGAUGAUGAUGACGACGACUAUCCAUCUGAUGAAAUUGUACAAGCAGAAGAAGAAGAAGAACUUGAGACAAGUUCUCAUGAAACAUACACAGUUUAUCCAAGUCCAACUAGAAGUCAAGGAGCACGUAAUUCGAGAGGUUUUAGGCACAGGUUAAAGAAUAAACAACCAUAUUCUGCAGAUGGGAACUAUCGUUCUUUUCCAAAACAUAAACAACGGAAUGUUAGCAUGCGACGUCAAGAGAAUCUGCGGUGGGCAGCAGAUCUCUCCUAUGUAGAGGAACGAGAACACUGGCAGGAACAAGUAAAUCAAUUGACCAGACAGCUGGAAUUCAGUACAAACAUGUGUCACACCCUAAUGCAGGACCAGCAGGCACUUUCUUACCUUCUGCAGACUUUCCUAACUGGUCCUUACAAUAUAAUGCCUAGUAAUGUUGGCUCACCACAAGUGCACAUCAUAAUGCACCAGUUAAAUCAGUGUUACACACAAUUGGCUUGGCAACAGAACAAUGUGCAAAGGCUGAAGCAAAUGCUGAAUGAUCUCAUGCAUCAACAGCAGCAAGAUAAGAAGCCUGGAAACCAAAGAGAUAGCACAGUGCCACCACCUUCUCCCAGUGAUUUUGUCUUUUCUGCAUUCAAUUACCCUCAUAAUCCUUUAAAUCCUUUGUGCAUGCCUGGAUUUGCAAAUUACUCUCCUUUGACUCCAGGUUUCAACUUUAACCCUGUAUUCCCUCCUGGGUUCCGUGAACCAUCUCAAAAUGUCAAUGCCCAAGCCAGUGAGCAGCAACCACCUCUAUCUGAACAUGUCACCUCUGGAAAAACAGAUUACUUGGCAUUCCCCAAACCAUUUGAAAGUAAUUCUCCAAACUGCAGAGAGAACAUAUGGGUACAAGAAGAAGCCAAAGACGAAGCAGAGCGGAGUGAAUUGGCAUGGCUAACUGAUACAAGUGAAAGACAGCCAUCCAGACAAACCGAAGCAUGCACAUCUGUACCACAGUUGAAUUUAAGCAAUUCAAAGCAACAUGUCCACGGCAAGAAUAGGAGGAAUUUUGAAGAGGAAUCACUAGAAAGUUUUAGUAGUAUGCCAGAUCCAGUUGAUCCCACCACUGUAACUAAAACAUUUAAAUCCAGAAAAGCCUCUGCACAGGCCAGUCUAGCUUCGAAAGAUAAAACUCCAAAAGGAAAAACUAAGAAACAACAUUCAGCUCAACUAAGGUGUAGGCCAGAAUACAUAAAAACUGGCAGUGACUUUUCACUCUUUGAAGCUCUGCGUGAUACCAUCUAUUCUGAGGUCGCAACUCUCAUUUCUCAGAAUGAAUCACGACCCCAUUUUCUCAUAGAACUUUUCCAUGAACUUCAGUUGCUGAAUUCAGAUUAUCUUCGACAACGGGCUCUUUAUGCUUUACAGGAUAUAGUAACUAGACAUCUUUCAGAGAAGAACUUCAAGGAAGGAAAGCACAAUUUAUCACACGCCUCAGCUGUAUGGAUGGCAUCAAAUUCAGAGUUGACUCCAAGUGAAAGUUUGGUUUCAAGUGAUGAGGAAGCCUCCAGAAAAACUCCUGACAACCAGGUUAUAGAUGUUCAGCAAAAGGAAGAUGCAGAAUAUAUAGAAUCCUUGGAAAAUGCCAGCACAUUGUCUACUUCUUCCAACUUGGAGCCUUUUGCUAAUGAUGAUCUAGGUAAUACUGUCAUUCAUUUAGACAAAGCAUUGUCUAGGAUGAGGGAGUAUGAGCGCCUGAAAAUUGAGGCUGAAAAUAACCAGAAUCCAGAAGUUUCUACCGACACCCUGGAGGGUGCUGCAGGUAUGGAAUCGACUGCAAAUGGCUGUACAGCAAAUUGCAUUACUGAUGCUGCUGAUGUUCCUUGCCCUCGCAUAGACACACAGCAACUGGACAGGCAAAUAAAGGCCAUCAUGACAGAAGUGAUCCCAUUUUUAAAGCAACACAUGGAUGAUUUAUGCUCCCCGCAGCUGCUAAUUGCGAUCAGGAGGAUGGUUCUCACCCUUACGCAGCAGAAUGAUGAAAGCAAGGAAUUUGUCAAGUUCUUUCAUAAACAACUUGGUGCUAUACUGCAGGAUUCUUUGACAAAGUUUUCUGGUAGAAAACUAAAGGAAUGUGGUGAAGAUCUGCUUGUGGAGAUUUCGGAGAUCCUGUUCAAUGAGCUUGCUUUCUUUAGACUUAUGCAAGACUUGGAUAACAGCAGUUUGGCCGCAAAACAAAGAUGCAAAAGAAAGCUGAAGGAGGUGGCAUCUUUUAAACAUUCUUUUACAUCUGAGGAAAAACAUUUCAAGAGCGAUGUGUCCUCUGUAGAAGAGUUUGAAGAUGAAGACAAAGAUAAGGAUGAAAGUGAAGCUGCUAUCUCAGAAGAGCCUACAACAAAUGAAUGUACUGAAGCUAGGAUUGAAAUAAAAUGUGACCUGUCUGACCGAGAGGAUGAUGAAGACAGUGAAGGGAUGCCUGCAGCAUGCGUCUCCAUAAGUCUCUCUAAGGCCGAGACUCAAGCGCUGACUAAUUAUGGCAGUGGAGAAGAUGAGAAUGAGGAUGACGAAAUCGAGGAUUUUGAUGCUGGAACCGUGGAUGUUCAAACUUCACUACAAGCUAGUAAUGAAGCUGCUGAUGAAAACUAUAAUGAGCAGGGCAAUCAUGUUGAAGUUGGUAAGAAUGAUGUGGUCAGUCAGACAGAGAAAACAAAUACAGAUGUAGUUAAAGCUGAAAAUGAGAAUGAUACAACUUUAAGUCUCGCUUCUGAGUGUGAGGAAAGCACCACAACUAGUGCUGAUAAUGAAAACACUACAGGGGGAUUAAAACCUUCUUUACCUUUAUGUGAAAGUGUUAACACUUUAACAUCAAUGCAGAUGUCUCUAGAAAAUGACUUGGAGGGAACACCAGAGAGUUCAUUGGCUGGCAGCCCUGACACAGACUCUCCUGUACUAGUUAAUGACUACGAAGCUGGAUCUGGAAAUCUGAGCCAGAAAUCAGAUGAGGAUGACUUUGUUAAAGUUGAAAACUUGCCUCUUAGACUUUCAGUGCUUUCAGAGGCUGAAUUGAUGAGGAGAAUUUCAGAAGAGGAACAGAAUAAUAAUUUAACUUGUGCUCUGCUGGAUGCAGAGGUAGAUGGAGCACAAGAGCUUGCAGGCAACUUGGAAGCUCUAAAGGAACCAGAAAAUGGAGCCAGAAGUGCAUAACUGAGUAUUCUCUGAAAUUCAUCAACUUCUUGUUUAUUUGACUGUAUGAAAUGUGAUUUCUCUUUUAUGGCUAAAGAGUUAUUUUUUUUAAAUAGCCUUUUGCUAGAAUUGUUGCUCCUUUAUAGAUUGUGUUAAGUCUGACCAGGAUUUCUUGGUCGGCUCUUGUGCAAGCUACUAUGUAAAGAACAUUUAAUUAUUUUCUAGGUCAAUAGCCUAAUUAAUGUUAUUAAAGCAACUUUUUUAAUGAAAAGCUGAAGUCCCACGACAACACUAUGAUUUGAUCUUUAGACUGCCUGUGAUGCAAUUCAUUUUCACUUCUCGGUACCUUUUAGAUGCAUUGGGAAGAUCAGCUUGUUUCUGAGGCAAUUGAUCUUUCAUGUAGUCCCAGCUGUGAACCAAGACCUAGGUUUUAUUGUGCCUGCUCUCAAAGUGGAGAUAUUGUUUUGUAACAGUUUAUUGCAUGUAAAUAGUUUUACUGUCAACACUGUGCUUUUAUGCAGAUAAGUAACCAUAUAACCAUAGCAAACCUAUGGCUUAUGUUGACUUCAGCAUAGCUAUGUAUACUGCACAUCAACAUGAUGAUUCAAAUUUUAACAUGGACAGUUGCAUUCCAGUAUAAAUAAGACCCUCUGUGGUUGCUGAAAUGUCCACUUCACGUACUGUCCAUUUAAUAAAGCUUGCAAUCAACCAAAUGCCUCUGCAGAUCUAAAGUGGUGUUCAAUUGACAGUCAGGUAUAUUAAAGGAAAAGCUUGCUGCUCCUUCGUGAACAGUGAAAAGGACCCCAUAGCUUUUAUCUACUGGGGGUGAAAAUUAAUCACAGGUUUUCCACAUUCAGUGAAUUGCUGAUAUUAAAGUUUAGUCUGUUUUCUUUUAUAUCCUGUUACAAAUUUGAAAUGGACAAAAUAUGAUUCACAUUUAAGAGAGCUGAUUGCUGUUCUACUGUCAACAGCAACAAAAUUACAUUUGUAGAGCGUCUUUCACAUCAGGAGGUCGUCAACAGUUGCUGUAAAAUCCAUUCUUAAACAACACUAUUUUUAUGCACGUCAUAUAAACCAGGCUAAUGGUAUGUAUAUCCCUCUGCGUCUUCAAAAGUGUCAAAAUGAGCACUGCUACCAAAUUUUACUCAAAGGCGAUUUGCGAUUGUAUCAUAAUGGAGGUGGGUGGUAUUGCAUGUUCAUGGUAUUUGUUGGGUGGGAUGCAAGCAAAUUUUACAUAUGUUCACUCUAAGGGAUAGUGAGUUUAUGAUUUGUACAUAUAGAACAAAGUUCCAUAAACCCUAGUGGCUGAGAUACAUAAAUGCUGUGUUCACAUUUGCAAUACCAUUACAUUGUACAAUCUUAAUAUUUGAACAAAGAUACUUUGUUGCAACAAAUGCUUUCUCCAAGCCUGUUGUCAGCAGAUGAGCUCCAUGCUCCAAAACAUGAACCCCCUCGUAAGAAAUGCUUUGUUGUCACAAUUGAGUCUUGAGAUUUGACUGUGGCCCCAGAUUGUUUGCAGAAUUACAAAGGGUGUAGCGAAAUGUGUUUUAAUCUAAUUAAUGGUUACAUCCAAUUUGUUACUCCUGAAACUGGUCAAGUUAUCUUGAACCUAAAAAUAUGAAAUAAUAUUCAACAAAGGCUUUAGUUCAACCAUUGUCCCUACACUGAUCCUUUACAAAAUAUUUUAAAUCGCUUGAAGGUAAUGCAUUUAACCAGAUAUCUGCAAUUUGGUACAGUAUAAAUCAAAAAAACAUUUCAGUAAGAACUGCCUGGGAAAUCUUAUUAGGAGUAGAAAAGGAUUACCAUGAACAAGGAUUAUCUUAUUCAACACUAACCUUUAGACUAAUUGUGCUAUUUCUGCUGGUUGCAAACAGACACAAAAAAGCCUUUGCAGAAUUAAACCAACUAAGGUCAUCUUUCAAUGAUUUGUAUUUUUGUCUUCUUAGAUGGUUGUGGUUUUGCAUUUAAUUUAAAUUUAAACUGACAGGCAUGUUAGUGUUAUGUGGUCAGUUCUUAAUCUGUGUUUUGUAAUGUAUGAUUUAAAAAUGUUUACUAUGCAAUUUCAAAAUAAAGCAACACUCUUGAUUUGA